GUCUUAUUCAUAAUCAUUUUUCACAUUUUAUCAAAUGCUUAUUAGAGGUUUAUAAAACGUUUGAUAAAAAUUGUUAUUCAUAAUCGUCAUUUAGCGCUAAAAUCCUCUUUUAUCUGUGUGAUAAGUUAUCGAGAGCUCGGGCCUUGUUUAAAGCUCUAAUAAACCUAUUUUAACCUAACUUUUAUAAAUGUCAUUUCAUAUGAAUGUCACUUCGUUGGUUUAUUUAUUCAAAAUAUCCUUGCUGUGAUCCUUGCUUGUGAAAAUGAAUGCUAUAAAUGCAAUUGUGCAUUUAGCCAAUAAUGCCGACCCAGCGCGACGUAGAAAGCUCUACCGCCAACGAAGCAACCCAUUCGAUUUGCGGGACCUAAAUUUUAAAAUAAAAUAUAGGUUCAAUAAGGACACAGUGCGCACCAUCAUAGAUUUGGUGGAAGAUGAUCUGGUUCAGAGCGCUAGAGGUGGUGGCACGUGUCCUGAACUGCAAGUUUUAGUGGCCAUAAGAUGUUGGGGACGUCGUGAGGUACAAGAUGAUGCUGGUGACCUCCAUGGCCUAAGUCAGCCGACAGUGAGCCGGAUAUGCGCCAGAGUCGCGCAUGCAAUCGCGAAUAAGGCAAAUUCCUUCAUCAAAAUGCCUAUCACUAUAGGAGAGCAGGAAAGAAUUAGUGCCAAAUUUAGAGCAAUUAAAAAUUUUCCUGGGGUGAUAGGAGCCAUAGAUUGCACCCACAUUAAAAUUAAAAAAACCGGAGGUGACAUGGCCCAGUACUAUAUUAAUAGAAAAGGCUAUUAUUCCCUGAAUGUUCAGGUUGUCUGUGAUGCUGACCUCAAAAUAAUGGAUAUAGUGGCUAGAUGGCGAGGCAGUACACAUGACAGUCGAAUUUUUAUGGAGAGCAAUAUAAAACAACGAUUUGAGGAUAGGCAGUUUAGAGGACGCCUUAUUGGCGAUUCGGGCUACCCUCUUCUGCCAUAUCUAUUUACACCUAUUUUAAGGCCUAGUCGUCCAGAAGAAGAAGCAUACAAUAAUGCUCACAUCUCAACUAGGAACACUGUUGAAAGGUGUUUUGGGGUGUGGAAGCAGCGGUUCCAAUGCCUACUCCAUGGCUUACCAGUAAGCCUCCAAAAUGGAAAAGCUGUGAUCAUAGCAUUGGCUGUAUUACAUAAUAUAGCCAUUGAUAUGAAUGACACAUUGUUAGAACAACAUAUGGAGCAGGUCCCUGUAACUCCGCAACUUUCGACGGAGAACAGUGUUCACGACAACCGACCUUCAUUGUUGAGGCGUAGGUCGCAGUUGAUACUACAAAAUUUUAUAAAUCAACAUUUUUGAAUGAUACUGUUCCUGGCAUCUUAAUGAAAAUAAAAAGAAUAUUUGAUUGAAAAA